AUGGCUCCCGUUCGCGAUCCCCGCCCAGUCGUUAUUUCGGGCCCGUCUGGCGUCGGCAAGGGCACCCUCUACAAAUUGUUGUUCCAAAGACACCCCGAAACCUUCACCCUCUCUGUAUCGCAUACCACCCGCGGCCCCCGCCCCGGCGAGCAAGAUGGCGUCGACUAUCAUUAUGUAACAAAGGAGGCGUUCCUGGAGCUGAAGGCCAAUAACGGGUUCCUCGAGAACGCGCAGUUCGGCGACAACUUCUACGGCACGUCGAAAGCCACGAUCGAGGAGCAGACCGCCAAGGGCAAGACCGUCGUUUUGGACAUCGAGGUGGAGGGCGUGAAGCAGAUCCGAGCCUCGGGCUUCCCGGCUCGCUACGUCUUCAUCGCCCCUCCGUCUGAGCAGGAGCUGGAGCAGCGGCUGCGCGGCCGUGGGACGGAGAAGGAAGAGUCCAUCCAGAAACGCCUAACCCAGGCCAAGGUGGAGCUCGAGUACUCCAAGGUCCCUGGCAUUCAUGACAGGAUCAUCGUGAAUGAUGAUUUGGAGAAGGCGUACAAGGAGCUUGAGGAGUUCGUCUUUGCGGAACCCGGAGCGAGCGCUUAG